ACCCCGGCCGACCGAGCCGGACCCCGCGCCCUCGGGCCCUCACGGGGAGGCGCUGUGUGGGAGCGAGGGGCCCGGGCGUGAGGACUAGGCGUGCCGCGCCCGCCCACCCACGGGUCGCAAUGCUGCGGGUCUGGAGCGCCUCUCCGCCUUUGCAGACACUCCUGAUGCCUCGUUCGCCCUUGGCCUCGCUUCCAUCACGGUGCUGGGGGCUCGGGCCCUCUCAGGCCCUCCGCAGGUCCCACCCUCUCUCUACCCAGUCAGAGCCGUGCCGGUCCUCCCUCUCCCGGAGGAACCAUGAAGCCAAACAGAAGCGCCAGCGGGAGAAGCAGAUGGCGCUGGAGGCUGGGAUCACCCCGAAGGGCAAGGCACCUGCAGGAUCCAGUAAGGCCUGGACUCCUAAGGAGGUAGUGUUGUAUGAAGUCCCCACGGAACCGGGUGAAAAGAAAGAUGUGUACCGCCUCCUGCCUCCUGCAUACAGUCCUCGCUACGUUGAGGCGGCCUGGUACUCCUGGUGGGUGCGAGAGGGCUUCUUCAAACCGGAGUAUCAGACCAGGCUGCCCCAGGCCACAGGGGAGACGUUUUCCAUGUGUAUCCCACCUCCCAAUGUCACUGGCUCCCUACAUAUCGGUCAUGCACUGACAGUAGCCAUACAGGAUGCCCUGGUGCGCUGGCACCGGAUGCGUGGGGAUCAGGUGCUAUGGAUCCCUGGCUCAGAUCAUGCAGGAAUUGCUACACAAGCUGUGGUGGAGAAGCAACUGUGGAAGGAGCGAGGAAUGAGGAGACAUGAACUGAGCCGGGAAAAAUUCCUUAGGGAGGUGUGGAAGUGGAAGGACGAGAAAGGUGGAGAGAUCAGUGAGCAGCUCCAAGCUCUGGGGGCCUCCCUGGACUGGGACCGAGAGUGCUUCACUAUGGAUGCUGGCUUCUCAGUGGCCGUGACCGAAGCUUUUGUGCGACUCUACGAGGCAGGAUUGUUGUACCGGAGCCAGCAGCUUGUCAACUGGUCCUGCACUUUAAGAUCAGCCAUCUCGGAUAUUGAGGUGGAGAGCCGGCCCCUGCCUGGCCACACGGAGCUUCAACUGCCUGGCUGCCCCACUCCUGUGUCUUUUGGCCUCCUUGUGUCUGUGGCCUUCCCUGUGGAUGGAGAGCCUGAUGCAGAGGUCGUGGUAGGAACUACAAGGCCAGAGACGUUGCCUGGAGACGUUGCUGUGGCUGUUCAUCCCGACGACUCCCGAUACACACACCUGCAUGGGCGACAGCUUCGUCACCCCUUGACUGGGCAGCUUCUCCCCCUCAUCACAGACUCCACUGUUCAGCCACAUGUGGGCACAGGGGCAGUGAAGGUGACUCCAGCGCAUAGCCCUGCUGAUGCUGAGCUGGGGGCCCGACACGGCUUGAGCCCUCUGAGUGUCAUCGCGGAGGAUGGCACCAUGACCUCUCUCUGUGGGGACUGGCUACAGGGUCUUCACCGAUUUGUGGCCCGGGAAAAAAUUAUAUCUGCGCUGCGGGAGCGGGGCCUGUUCCGGGGCCUCCAGAACCACCCCAUGGUGCUUCCUAUUUGCAGCCGUUCUGGGGACGUGAUAGAAUAUCUACUGAAGAGCCAGUGGUUUGUCCGCUGCCGGGAGAUGGGGGACCGAGCUGCCCAGAUGCAAGUGAGGUGCAGGAAGGGAAGCUCUAACGGCCUUUCUGUUCAGGCCGUGGAGUCAGGGGCUCUGGAGCUCAGUCCAUCCUUCCACCAGAAGAACUGGCAGCACUGGUUUUCCCACAUCGGGGACUGGUGUGUCUCCCGGCAGCUGUGGUGGGGCCAUCGGAUUCCCGCCUACCUGGUUGUAGAGGAGCACAUGAAGGGUGAUGGAGAAGACUGUUGGGUGGUUGGGCGGACAGAGACCGAGGCCAGAAAAAUAGCUGCAGAACUGACUGGGAGAUCAGAGGCAGAGCUGACCCUGCAGAGGGAUCCUGAUGUCCUGGACACAUGGUUCUCUUCGGCUCUUUUCCCCUUUGCUGCCUUGGGCUGGCCCCAAGAGACCCCAGACCUUGCUCGUUUCUACCCCCUGUCACUUUUGGAAACAGGCAGUGAUCUCCUGUUGUUCUGGGUGGGCCGCAUGGUCAUGUUGGGGACACAGCUCACAGGGCAGCUCCCCUUCACCAAGGUGCUUCUUCAUUCCAUGGUUCGGGACGGGCAGGGCCGGAAGAUGAGCAAGUCCCUGGGGAAUGUAUUGGACCCACGAGACAUCAUCAGUGGGGUGGAACUGCAGGUGCUGCAGGAAAAGCUGAAGGACGGGAACUUGGACUCCACAGAGCUGGCGAUUGCGGCUGCGGCACAGCUGUGUAGGCAUCUGCCACCCCUCUUAUCCCUCUGGUUGCAGAGGAAGGACUUCCCUCAUGGGAUCCCUGAGUGUGGGACAGAUGCCCUGCGAUUUGCCCUGUGCUCCCACAGGGCCUUGGGGGGCGAUGUACACUUGUCCGUCUCUGAGGUCUUGAGUUCCCGGCAUUUCUGCAACAAAAUCUGGAAUGCCCUGCGUUUUAUCCUCAAUGCCUUAGGAGAGGGAUUUGUACCGCAGCCUGCAGAGGAGCUAUCCCCCUCAUCCCCCACGGACGCCUGGAUCCUGAGCCGUCUGGCCCACACUGCCCAGGAGUGUGAGCGAGCCUUCCUUGCUCGGGAGCUGCCACUCAUCACCCAUGCCCUCCACCACUUCUGGCUCCACAGCCUCUGUGAUGUCUACUUGGAAGCUGUGAAGCCAGUGCUUUCGCACUCGCCCCAUCCCCAAGGCCCGCCUCAGGUCCUGUUCUCCUGCGCUGAUGUGGGUCUCCGCCUCCUCGCCCCACUGAUGCCCUUCCUGGCUGAAGAGCUCUGGCAGAGGCUGCCACCCAGGCCUGGCAGCAACUCUGCCCCUAGCAUCUCUGUUGCUCCCUACCCCACCACCCAUAGCUUGGAGCACUGGCGCCAGCCUGCGCUGGAACAACACUUCUCUCAGGUCCAGGAGGCUGUGCAGGUACUGAGGGCCCUCCGAGCCACGUACCAGCUCACCAAGGCCCGGCCCCGAGUACUGCUGCAGAGCUCAGAGCCUGGAGAGCUGAGCCUCUUCAAGCCCUUCCUGGAGCCCUUGGCCACACUGGGCCACUGUGGGGCCGUGGGCCUGUUACCCCCAGGUGUAGCGGCACCCUCCGGCUGGGCUCAGGCCCCCCUCAGUGACACCAUUCAGGUGUACAUGGAGCUACAGGGCCUGGUGGACCCCCAGGCCCAUCUGGCUCUGCUAGCUGCCCGAAGACGCAAGUUGCAGAAGCAGCUGGAUGGCCUCAUGGCCUGGACCCCAUCAGGGGGAGAGGAAGAGACUAAGAGGCAGCAGAGGCUUUCUUCCCUCCAGCUGGAGUUGUCAAAGCUGGACAAGGCAGCCUCUCACCUCCGGCAGCUGACGGAUGCAUGUCCCAGCCCCAAGGAGCUCUGAGCACCAGUUCAUUAACCCUGGGGGUUUUCUUCUCCCUCAGACCUGCCUUUGGGACAAACCGAUCUGGCAGCGUCAGAGCAUGAUGGGUCCUCUGAGACCAUGCGGCUCACCUCCCUCAUUUUGUAAAAUGAGGAAACAGACUGGCUUGGUCAGCAUCACUGGGUGUCUUUAAGAUGUUCACAUUCCUGCCCAGCCUUCCUCCUAGGCAGUGCCACCUGGAAGUUUAGGAAUGAGAUAAACUUUUAAAAUCUCAAA